AUGUGGCAGCCCUACGACGAAUCAAAGCCCACACUUUUGAUGAUCAAUGCGUUUACUAUGACAUCUGAGCUUUAUCGACCCCAAUUCGAGGAUGAUCAGCUGAGCAAAGCAAUGAACUUGUUAGCGAUCGAGCCUUUGGGCCACGGUCGGACCAGUACCAUGCGUAAUCAUUGGACAUAUUGGGACACAGCCGAGAUGAACCUGCAAGUUUUGGAUGCUUUGGGGAUUGAGAAGGCAUUUGUGUUAGGCACAAGUCAAGGAGGGUGGGUGACAGUGCAGAUGGCAUUGAUGCGACCGGAUAAGAUUGCUGGGAUUAUCCCAAUGGGCACCUCAAUGGAUUCAGAAUCCGAGCGAAGCCGUGAAUUGCAUUGUUGGGAUGGACCGAGCAUCGUGAAAAGCUUUUUGCUUCAAUGGGCAACUUGUCAACCGACCUCUAGCUUCGACCCCGGCGACGAUUAUUGUGAUGCUGUAGUCAGUAUUGGCCUUAAUGACUGCUCGACAGAGGUCCGGGAGCUUUGGCGAGGCAUCAUCAAAGCUACCUACCAGGGAGAAGAAGGAAGACAACGCAUUCGUAUGGCAGCAAUAAAUUUGGCGGAACGGGAUGGACUACGCCUUCGAUUGCCGGACGUUGUUUGCCCAGUUCACUGGAUACAUGGAACAAAGGAUGCUGUAUUUUCGGUGCGAAAUGCCGAAGAAGAGAUACAGAUGUUCACCGGAUCGUCCAAUGCUCAAUUGACGACGAUAGAGGAUGGUGCGCAUUUUUUGAGUGCCUCGCAUCCUAGCCUGGUCAACGCCGCUGUGCUCAACUUCGUGAUCAAUGAAACCACCGAAUGA